GCCUGCAGGGUUCCCAGAGCCCCCGUGCCACAGGGAAGAGGAGCAAGAGGAUAGACAGAGCCCAAGACCCGUCACCUUCACACUGGGCAACGAGGUACUGGGGCUAGGCCCAGAGAGUGACUUCCAGAACCCUGAUGCUGAAGUCUACAUGCACUUCAUGAGGAGCCACUGUUGCUACGAUGCCAUCCCCACCAGCUGCAAGCUCGUCAUCUUUGACAUCUCCCUGGAGAUCAAGAAAGCCUUUGUGGCACUGGUGGCCAAUGGGGUGCGUGCUGCCCCACUGUGGGACAGCAAGACGCAGAGCUUUGUGGGUGAGUGCCAGCAGCACAGCCUGGUCCCUUCUCCUGCCUGGCAGUGAGGGUGGGGGCAGCGCUGCCAGCCCCACGUGUCUCUGGGGAUGCUCACCAUCACCGACUUCAUCAACAUCCUCCACCGCUACUACCGCUCACCCCUGGUUCAGAUCUAUGAGGUAGAGGAGCACAAGAUUGAGACCUGGAGAGAGGUGUACCUGCAGGGCUCCUUCAAGCCGCUGGUCUACAUCUCCCCGAGUAAUAGCCUCUUCGAUGCUGUCUACUCCCUGAUCAAACACAAGAUCCACCGCCUGCCUGUCAUCGAGCCUGUCUCGGGCAACGUCCUGCACAUCCUGACGCAUAAGCGCAUCCUCAAGUUCCUCCAUAUCUUCGACUCCACCAUCCCCAAGCCCCGCUUCCUGAAGAAGACCGUGCAGGAGCUGUGUGUCGGCACCUUCCGUGAUGUCGCUGUUGUGCCCGAGACUGCCCCUGUCUACACCGCACUGGAGAUCUUCGUGGACCGCCGUGUUUCAGCCCUGCCAGUCAUCAAUGAUGCUGGGCAAGUGGUUGGCCUCUACUCCCGGUUCGAUGUCAUUCAUCUGGCAGCCCAGAAGACCUACAACAACCUGGACAUUAGCGUGCGGGAAGCACUGCGGCAGCGCACUGUCUGCCUGGAGGGGGUCCUCACCUGCUACCCACACGAAACCAUGGAGGACAUCAUUGAUCGUAUUGCCAAGGCACAGGUCCAUCGCUUGGUUCUGGUGGACGAGAAUCAGUACCCGCGGGGCAUCGUCUCCCUCUCUGACAUCCUCCAGGCCCUUGUGCUCACUCCCGCAGGUAUCGAUGCUCUUAACUCUUAGCCCGUGAUGCUCCGUCUUUCUCCACUUGUACCUUCCAUUUCUCUCCACUUCAGGUAGGCAGUGUCCCCUACUACUGCACGCUUGUCCCCUCUGCUGGGUCACCCGCACCUUAGUUACCUCCCUGCUCAGGCUACCUCCCUCCACCCCAACUAAACUGGCCCCAGGGAAUGGAGAUGGCUGGGGCUGG